CGCAGUGGACACGUCCACCAUGGCGCUGUCAAAUGUCCUGGAAACUCCGGCUGCUGGAUUUAAUUUUGACAACGCAGCAAGGAACGCGGCAUUAGAGGGUCUUUUUGACGGAGGACAAACACCCAAACCCCUGAAAACAGGCACCACUAUAGCAGGACUGGUGUUCAAGGAUGGAGUGGUGCUGGGAGCCGACACAAGAGCCACCUCAAGUGAAGUUGUUGCUGACAAGAUGUGCGCCAAGAUUCAUUACAUUUCUCCUAAUAUAUAUUGUUGUGGAGCAGGAACAGCAGCAGACACAAAGAAAACCACAGAGAUACUUUCAUCCAACCUCACCAUUUUCUCAAUGAACAGUGGGAGAAACCCUCGUGUUGUGAUGGCUGUAAACAUUCUGCAGGACAUGCUGUACAGGUAUCACGGUCAGAUUGGUGCCAGUCUGAUCCUGGGGGGAGUGGACUGUACUGGGAGUCACCUGUACACAGUGGAGCCGUACGGAGAUGUAGAUAAGGUGCCAUACCUGGCAUUGGGUUCUGGUGAUCUGGCUGCUCUUGGGAUUUUAGAGGACGGCUUCAAACAUGAUCUUGAGCUGGAGGAAGCUAAAGAGUUGGUUCGAGCUUCGAUCCACGCCGGCAUCAUGAGUGACCUCGGCUCAGGAAACAACAUCGACAUCUGUGUCAUCACCAAACAGGGAGUGGACUACAUCAGACCCUACCAGGAGUCAGAAUACAAAGAUGAAAGGAAAAUGAAAUAUAAAUAUCGUCCAGGAACUACAGCAGUUCUGACAGAGAAAGUUGUUCCCUUGAAAUUGGAAGUUGUUCAGGAAACGGUGCAAAGGAUGGAGACAGCCUGAUAUAUACGUAAUACAUAAAUACAAAACACCAAAAUCCUUGUCAGACAUUAUUUUAUUAACAAUCUUAAAUUUUUGAUAUCAUCUUUACUGGAAUGUAGAAAAUUCAAAGACUGUUAUCCUGCAGGGGUUAUCCAUGAUCACAAACACUGAAUAAAA